AUGGCGCGAGUAGAGAGGCUAAUACGAUGGACAUAUCCAGACCAAGGUUGGGUGAAGCUCAACACGGACGACACAUCAAGAGGAAAUCCCGGCAUAACGGCUGCAGGAGGAGUGAUUCGUAAUGCAAGGGGGCGUGGUGCCCAUAGAGUAGAAGUCGAGGUGGAUUCAGAGAUGGCGGUUGGUUUUCUUAAGACAGGGAUCAGUGAGGUGUAUCCGCUAUCGUUUCUGAUGCGUCUGUGCCAUGGUUUUAUAUCAAGGGACUGA